CAGGUACAACGUGUCCGUUAAAUCAACUUUCGUUUUCGUUUUACGUUCAUGGAAUGUACUUUCAACUUAGAAAAGAUGGCUGGUCUUCUGCAACGAGAGGAUAAGGAUGAACUCCUGAAAUGGAUUGGAGGGCGGAGAAAAUUCCAGCUGCUGUUCAAAAUCAGCAGAGACGGAUGCUCCAACGUGACGUUCCAUUCCAAGUGUGACAAUAAGGGUAUGACGGUGAUCGUGCUUUACAACAGCAGUGAUACUGUGUAUGGGGGGUUCACAUCACAGAACUGGACCAGUGCUGGUGGAGCUUAUGUUCCAGACUCAAAAGCGUUUCUGUUCCAGCUGAAGUACAAUGGUAAAUGGUCGCCAAAGCAGUUCCUUAUCAAACCAGAUAAAUACACAUAUGCAAUACACUGUCACUCAUCGUAUGGACCAUACUUUGGAGGUGGUAAUGAUUUAGCUACAUUUAACGGACCAGUGACACCCAGUAACGGAAUCUAUGCUCUGAACGGGGGUUGCAACCUCAAUCAUACUUACGAUAUGAAAGGAACCGACUUCAACUCAUUCGCCAACGGAAACUUACAGGUGAAAGAGUUGGAGGUCUAUCAGGUGGAUGAGUGCGACUUGAACGAUCCGUUAGAUGUUCCUUGGCGGAAAACCCAGGAAUGGACGACACGGUUAAUGCAGGAACUAAAGGAGGGACUGGAAAUCUACAAACCGCUAGAACAGCUAAAAAUACGUCAGACGAAAAUUAUGCUGAUUGGUCAGAUCGGGGCCGGAAAGUCCAGUUUCUUCAACACGGUGAACUCCAUUUUCCGGGGUUAUGUGACAAGUCAGGCGUGUAGCGGAACUGCAGAGCACAGCCUCACAACACAGUUCCGAGCAUAUCAGGUGAGGAAUGGUCCCUCUGGUAAACCCCUGAACUUCCGGUUAUGUGACUCACGUGGCCUGGAGGACGACCAGGGUAUUGAACCGCAGGAAAUGUGUUACAUACUCGACGGUCAUGUGCCUGAAAAAUACGUAUUCAAUCCGUCUGUACCACUGAGCCCAGAAACCAUCGGAUUCAACAAGGCGCCAAAACUAAAAGAUCAGAUCCACUGCGUGGCCUUUGUACUGGAUGCGUCCACUGUCGAUGUUUUGUCGGAGAAAAUGCUGGAGAAAAUGAGAAAGCUUCAGGCUCCCAUGAACCAAAGAGGUAUCCCCCAGGUCGUUUUGCUAACUAAAAUCGACAAAGUGUGCGAGCCCUUACAACAUGACGUGGGAUUGACGUAUUACGUUCCCGCAAUUCAAGAGCAUGUGGAUAGAGUGGCUGCGAUGAUUGGUGUGCCAAGAUCUCACGUGAUUCCCAUCAAAAACUACGAGAGUGAGCGAGAGCUCGACACCAACGUAAACAUCUUGACGCUGUUGGCCAUGCAGCAGAUUCUCCAUUUUGCGGACGAUUUCCUGUAUAACUUUCUAGAUGACCUGGAUCCGGAGGACUAGAAGAUUAUUGUCGAGAACGUCGAAAACACUAGUAACAAACUCUGAGGAUCGAGUUACUCGGAAGAGUGAAAUAAAAGCGGAUGCUUGUGCUUUUUACAUAAGCAGACCGUUUAUAUAAGGAUUUAGAAUUCUUUUAAUCCCAAAUAACCAGGUGAAAUAGAAAUACAGUUACCAUGCUAUCUAAAAGUUAACAUCAGUCGAAUUCACGAUUUGAAAACUUCUCAAAUUCAUAUAUAUUGCUAAAUGAUAGUAGAUGUUGUCAGUUUGGGUCCAUGUCACUUUUGCAUGAGAUAGAUGUACAUUUAUUAUAUUCUUUCAAUUUCAUCUCUUCUCUUUUCUUUAAAAGUUUGCGGGCAUAUAUCACAAGAUAUAUGCCCGGAAACAUUCCGGCCCGCAAACAUUACGUCACAAUCAAUACACAAGCAAAUUACUACGUCGUUAAUUUUCAAAUUUUUCGUGUUUUUCAUCUUUUACUCAGUUAAACCAAUAAAGAAAUUGUUAAAAAUAAAUUAUUGUUAGUUUCUAAAUGAAAUUGAAAGUAUAUAAUAAAAAGGUUAUAGACUUUGUAUGGGAAAAUAUGACGACCGAGUUUUUUGGCGCGUACACGGACCGAGCUUGCGAGGUCUGUCCGCGACAAAAAACGAGGUCGUCAUAUUUUCCCAUACAAAGUCUAUAACCUAUAAUUAUUAUCUGAUAAACGCCUGCAGUGCGUGUUACGAUUAGUUUGCAGAUGUCGGACGUGAUUACCAUUGAGAAUUUUGAGAGCGAGUAGGAUGAUUCUGCAGGAAAUUCUUUGUACAAGUAUUUAAAUGAAAUGGAUUUGUGGAGUUUUUCUAAUUUACACUUCUGUCGAGAAAUUGUUUUGGAAUAUAUUCAUGACAACUUCAUGUUGUAGUUUAGACAUUAAUAUAUACCGAGGGACUCUAAAAACGCAA